AUGGAUCUCCUCCAUAGGAACGGAGUGCUCAUAAUUCAACAUUUGCAAAAGGAUUACAGGUCUUACCAGCAUUUUUUAAAUUUUAUGUCACACAUUGGAGAUCCUCGGAAUAUUUUUUUAAUUUAUUUUCCUCUCUGGUUCCAGCUUAAUCCAGCGGUCGGUACAAAAAUGAUAUGGGUGGCAGUCAUUGGUGAUUGGUUCAAUCUUAUAUUUAAAUGGAUUUUAUUUGGUCAUCGUCCAUAUUGGUGGGUUCAAGAAACAGUGAUUUAUCCUAACCAAUCAAUCCCACGUCUCGAGCAGUUUCCUAUAACAUGUGAAACAGGGCCAGGAAGCCCCUCAGGACAUGCUAUGGGAUCCUCCUGUGUCUGGUAUGUGAUGGUGUCAGCAGCCCUCAGCUAUAGGUCGAGGCAGAAAGAUAAAUCGGCCCUUGCUCUGCAUAGACUUGCCUGGUCUUUCCUAUGGAGCAUCUUCUGGAUUAUUCAGAUCAGUGUGUGUGUCUCAAGAGUAUUUAUCGCAACACACUUCCCCCAUCAAGUCAUCCUUGGAGUACUUGCUGGCAUGCUUGUUGCAGAAGUGUUUGAGCAUACCCCGUCCAUUCAGACCGCAAGUUUAAAAACAUACAUCGAGGCAAACGUGUUCCUCUUCUUUUCCGCCCUUGGCUUUUACUUGGUUCUCAAGCUUAUUGAUAUUGAUCUGCUGUGGUCUGUUCCCAAGGCGAAGAAAUGGUGCACCAACCCAGAGUGGGUCAAUAUUGAUACAACUCCCUUUGCCGGCCUGGUGAGAAAUGUAGGCGUCUUCUUUGGACUCGGUCUCGGCAUUCAUUCUGAAAUGUUCGUCAUGAGUUGUAAAGUUAAAAGCGGCUACGAGGGGACUUUUAGGAUAUCCUGUACAGCGGCUUCCUUAGCUAUGCUGCAGCUCUAUGAUUGUAUCAAGAUACCUACCCACGCCGAGUACUUGUUUUACAUCCUCUCCUUCUGUAAAAGUGCAGCUAUACCUCUUACUGUGGUGGCUUUGGUCCCGUACUGCAUACACGUGCUCAUGAAGCAACCAGAAAAGAAAACUUCCACAGAAGGCAUGGUCAAUGUGGGCUUGGAAAACCUAGGAGCAUCGAGAUUAUACUGUGACUGA